UCCCGAGCGCGCAUGCGUACCUGGCCCAGUCGGUGUGCGCUCGGCAUGGCCAGGAGUUGGAGCCAUGGCGGUGCAGCAGUACGUCCUGGACUUCUGCCUCUCGGCGCCAGCUGAUGGCAGAACUGUUAUUGAAGCAUUGGAGCCAAUUUUUCAGGAGCAACGAAUGACCAAAACAGUUCACAAUUUGGGAGAAAAUGGUUUCUUAGUAACAUAUAUUUCAGAGUCUGGCAGCUUUGCCACUCUAAGAAUGUACACAGAUAAGCUCAUGACAUUUGACUUCCAUAGCUAUGAAUUGGACAACAAAGGGCGAGCAACAGUUGAAACGCUCUGUAACAAACUGGAACAGAAAAUGAAAGACCUCUUUCAGGGAAAUAUCAAAAGGCUAAAAAGGUUACCUGCGAUCAUCAGAGGGGGGACCAUUGAUAGAUACUGGCCUACUGCAGAUGGCCGGUUGGUUGAGUAUGAUAUUGAUGAUGUUGUUUAUGAUGAAGAUUCUGCAUAUCAGAACAUCAAGAUUCUUCAUUCAAAGCAGUUUGGAAAUAUUCUCAUCCUCAAUGGUGACAUUAAUUUGGGAGAAAGUGACCUCCCAUAUACACAGGCUAUAAUGGGCAGUGGAGUAGAGGACUAUACAGGGAAAGAGAUUCUUAUCUUGGGAGGAGGCGAUGGUGGAAUCCUGUGUGAGCUGGUUAAGUUAAAGCCAAAGAUGGUCACCAUGGUGGAAAUUGACCAAAUGGUGAUCGACGCAUGUUGCAAACACAUGCGCAAAACCUGUGGAGAUGUUCUGGACAAUCUGAAAGGAGAUUGCUACCAGGUCUUAGUGGAAGAUUGUGUUCCAGUACUGAAGGCAUAUGCUGAAGAAGGAAGGCUAUUUGAUUAUGUUAUUAAUGACCUAACAGCUGUUCCUAUCUCUACAUCUCCGGAAGAAGAAUCAACUUGGGAUUUUUUGCGACUUAUUCUUGAUCUUGCUCUGAGGGUUUUAAAGCCCACUGGAAAGUAUUUCACACAGGGUAAUUGUGCAAACUUAACAGAAGCACUAGCAACGUAUGAGAAGCAGCUGAACAAGCUCUGCUGUCCUGUGGAAUAUUCAAAGAAAGUUGUUUGUGUUCCCUCUUAUGCAGAAUUAUGGGUGUUUUACACAAUAUGGAAGAAGUAAAACCUGCCUUUUCAAUGCAAAAGUUGUUAUAAUUUUAGGAAAAUCAAUAAAAUUCUUAAUCAUAAGGAAGCCAGGGCAAUGUGCUGCAUGAUGCUUUUUAGCUUGCUCCCUGGUGCAUGUUCUUUCUCAAACAAGAAAUGCUGCAUACUUAAAGUUAAGAGUGUUGGCCCAAAAUGUCUUACAUUGUGCUGUGACAUGACUUGUCUUUUCUUGAAAAAGGCAAUGCGUAUUUUGAUGCAUUUUUAAAAAAAAAUUAUUUCUGGUCACUUGUAUUUUGAAUGAAAGUGGAAGGAAAAUGCCCUUAUUCAGCUGAACUACUUCAAAUUGGUGUAAAUGUGAACAUAUAUCUACUGUGUGAAUGGCAAGCUCACAAUUUGUGUCUGUUCAUCCGAAUGUUUGCAUUGUAACUUUCAAAUUAUGAUGCAAACAUUUUGACCAUAAAACAGGAAAUUAAGUUUUUAAUUUAUUUGCUAAUUUUCCUUUGAAUCAACACAAAAAAAGUUGCUAUUUUCGUAAAGUUACUACUGUAGUCCCUUGAAAGGACUAAUGGGAGAUAAAGGGCUUAGAUUGCUUCAGGGAUGGAAAGUGGAAAUCAAUUGUUCAAAUCUCUUUUGUCAUUUUAUGAAUGUUUUUCCAGGCAUGUUGCUAAUAUUAGGGUGUUAUCUUUGUUGUUUCAUUAAUCAUAGCAGAAUUGUUUUCCUUUCCGGUUGAGUGAAAAUGUUUCACUUAUUAGCACUGAGAACCAAGCAGCUUCUGCCAUUAUUUAUUCUGACUAGGAUAUGAAUGAGCAAUAGGUUGCAAAGGCAUCUGUGUAACCAUUAAUUUACUUUGAAGGAAAAAUGCACAAUUGAUGCUUCUGUAGACAUAGGAAUAAUAAUUCUUGGUAAGUUCCAAGCAAAUAAAAACAAGACUUUGAUAUUUUAAACUGAGUAUGGGGAAACCUUUCAGAUUAAUCAUUCCUUGUAUUUGAUAGUGUAGUUCAAUUAUUUCCAGCAGCUGUGUUCAUUGGAAAGAAGUCAGGACAAAUGGACAUUAUUAAUAUUGUCAUCUCCUAAUUGCAACAUAUACGUGGUUGGAGAUUCAUGCUUUAUGUAUUUCUAUUGCUAACCAGCUUUUAGAAAAUGGUGGAAUUUCAGUGGUGUUUCCUGAGAAGUAAAUAUUAGUGAUUAUUUCCCUUUGGUAAAUAGAUACAAGGAAGGAUCAAUCAGCUAGCUGUUAAAAUUCGGAAUAUUUUCGUCAAAUUAACUUCUUUCCCUUGUUUAAGCAUUCAAUUUAACUAGAUUAACAUCAGUCCAACAAGGAAGCUGAUGGGAAAUGACAGGAUAGAGGCAGCACAUUUAUCCUCAUAUUGCUUUAGUAAAGGCUCCACUUAUUACAGCUGUAUAUCUUUUGCAUCCUAUUGUUCAAGCUCUCUCAGACACUGACCUUCCUUUGUAAUGUAGUGUAAGAUGGUUACAUCUAAGUAGUGCAGCCAUACUUCGAACCUGGAAGACUUUUCUGCAUGUCAGACAUUGGCAACUUCACACAUAACAGCCUUUGCACUAAAUGCUGCUCCCAUUGUGUAGAACAUUGGUCAGGUACAGUAGACGGGAGUAUUGUAAAGGAUUUAUUGAUGGUGAUUUAGUUCUGUAGUUAAAAACAUGCAGUAGUGCAGCAAACCUUGCAAUAAGGGUUUAACUUAAAACAUUUAGCUGCUUGUUUUAAACUCUUGAAAUGUUUUGUGUUUGUAAACAUUAAUGAAAAGGUACAAAGCUGCCUGCAUCAUUGUAAACAUUGUACCCCCAUAAACUCUUAUUUUUAAAAUAAA